CCGGUGUUGAUGUAAAUAUCUCCACUGGAAAUGAGGAAGUGAAAUGAAAUUGAAAAUAGAUGUUGUCGUGAUUUUCCAUACCAAUACUUUUGGUUUCGGCAUUGCAUAUAUGAGAUGUUAAUCCACAUUACAUGUAAAGUUGGUAACCAUGGUUAGCAUGGAAGAUUCUUUCUGUACAUUUUAUACGUAUAUGGAAUGGAAGAUCAACUUGUAAAGGGUAGUAUACGCAGCUUACCACAUGGUCAGAUGCAAAACAUUAAACGUAUGUUUGAAAAACAAUGUGAUCAGGACAACACAAUAUCAGAACAACUUGGAGAAGCAGAACCUGAUGACACAAACACAGAUACAGUGGACAUGGAACAAAAUGAAUCUUCAUCUUCUAGAUGGAGACAGCAUAUUUCCCCUACUCAGCAUGGAGAUAGAGCUAGCAGAUCACCUAUUCGAGCACAACGCCAUGUCUCACCAUCCAACCCUGAAAGUGGCUCCUACCAUCCCAAACCUACGCCUAGAAAACACAUAGACCACCAUGGUAUCUCUGGUAUACAGGUGAAACAGUUUGGACAAAUUGCCACCAGUGUAGCACUGAGUCCACCUGAAGAUGAUACCUACAGUGUGUCAAAGGUCAGAGACCAAUUUGAACAAAAUCCUCCUAGAAAAUUUAGUGAGGGUAACAUUAAAGUACCUCUCAAACCAAAAAUUAAAAGUCCUAGUCCAGCCAGAAAGUUCGGUAACUCACCAAGUAGGGUUCCAGAGAAGAAAUCUCCAGUGGCCAUUAGAAAGCAUAGUCCAGAGAAAAAUUUAAGAGAUGAUCAUGUGUAUUCUAAAAUAUGGGAAAAAAAGUCCGGGACACCUGAUUUGGAUGUGCCAAAUACAGAGGAAACUCAUAGACCUGUUAGUGUUUUUGAAAGAUCUAAAAUGUUUGAAGGUGUAGGAAGUACUAAUAAUAAUGCAUCUCUUGCACAAGGAACCUUGUCCCCAUCUAAACCCGUUAAACCACCUCCCCCUCUAAGAGAAAGGUCUUUUAGUGGGGGAAAUUCAGACAAUGCUAAACUCAACUCACAAGGGAAACCUUUACCACCUCGACCGCCUGUGAGGCAAAAAUCAGUGAAUGAGAAGUCAAAAGAAAAGCAUUUAAUUAAAGAAUCAAAUGAAAAUCCAUCAAUUGUUCACUCACCUGUAAGUCAGCCUCCUCCACCAGUAAAACCAAAGCGCACUGGUGCACAUGAUGACUAUAUGAAAGUGAAACUUGAGAAUCAAGCAUCCGAGGGGAGGAUAAAAAUUGAAGAGACACAAAAUGAAAACUGUGAUAAUGCAUCAGUGACACAAACUAAGAAUGUAAAAGUUGAUUUUUCAAAAAGAGAACUUCCUGAAGUACCAGUAUUAAACAAAAAGAAAAAGCCAACACGACCUCCCCCACCAAGGUCAAAGCCUCGACCAUUUUCUAUAGCUACAGACAGUGUAGAUUUUAGGUCUAGUGAAGGUUCGGACUCUGAUGAAAUGUCGGAUCAUAACAAUGAUAAAGAUGACAAUCCAUUUUACGAGAUGAUACCAGCACAAGCUUUCCUGAACAAACACAAGAAUGAACAAUUAAAACACUGGGACUUACCGCGGAUUUCACACCCUGAACCAAUACGCAGAAGUCUAAGUGCUGAAUGCAUACAAAAGGCUGUUGAUGAAAAAGGGAACGUAAUUUAUGUGGACCCAGAUCAACUAGGUAUAGGCAGCAAUAAGAAAGAGUACGAUAUAUAUGUUGAUACAGAAGGUUAUGCCGUUCCACAUCGCCUCAUACGGAGGAAUAAUUCUACAGAUGACACAAAUGAGUGGCAUUUAUUAGAUGUUGAAGGCUCUUUUUCUGAUAAUGAUCUGAGACCUGUGAAAGCAAUAGGUGAUCGAGUAAAGUCAAAAUUCCGUCGGUUUAAGAAUUUGUUCAGCGAACAAGACAAACCAGCCCCUGAGAAAUCCUCGACCUCAGAUCGGGGCAGUCAAAAACGUAAAGUAGAUGCAAUUCGUAACAAAGUAAACCAAGCAUUUGAAGUAUUACAAAGUUCAUUGAGACAGAAAAACAACAUUAACAACAAUUUAGAAGACAGUGAAGAUGAAGAUGAUGAAUUAGCUGAAAAACUUUCUAAUGAUUCUGACAGCAAAGUUGAUGAAAGGGAGAUUAGGAAGAGGGUAGAAUAUUCCCGUAGUAUUCGAAUCAAAACUUCAAAGAGUAUUAAGGAGACCAGGCAGUAUGAGAAGAAGAUAUAUCCUCAACUAUUUGAACAUGCAAUGAUUGUGAGCCUUCAUCAGAACUCGGACACUGGCGUUUAUGAGCCAUAUGUCGUUUAUAAAUUCCCAGAAAUACGCAAUUAUAAACUUACAAUGGAAGGGAAAUUAUUCCCGUGCUCUGAGGCGAAAGACACAAAUGUAUCAGUUCCAUUAUUUUGUUUCCCUGAUGCUGCCAAUUUCAAACCAACAUCAUCUAGUUCUAAAAGUCAGUCAUAUAAUUUUGUAUUAACCAACUUUGAUGGUGGGCGUGUCUAUGGAUAUUGUAGACGUCUUGUUCCACCGAAGUCACCCAACAAGAUUCCUGAAGUGAUUUGUAUUAUCAGUCCUAUAGAUGCUUUCAACAUGUAUAAUACGUUACUGGAAGAGAUUGAGAAGACAAGGUUGGUAUCUCUAGAUGCCGCCCAGGAGUUGAUUGCAGCAUCAUUUGGUCGUCCACUACCUUCACCUGGUCAGACUGAAACUAUACGAACACUAGAUGAACAUGGUGAAAUGGAGACUAUAUUUGUUACCAGGGAUACUGAUAAUAGAAUAGAAAAUGUAAAUUGUGAAUGCUUGUUGACAAGUCUUGGACCUGACAAGUUGCUUAAAGUAUUUUCUACUAUACUGCUAGAGAGAAGUGUUCUUUUUUGUGCCAAACAUCUAAGUAAAUUAUCAUCUACUAUACAUGCCAUUGUGUCCCUGCUGUAUCCAUUCUCAUGGCAACAUACAUUUAUCCCGGUACUUCCCUCAGAUAUGAUAGAUGUCGUCUGCUCUCCUACUCCAUAUAUAAUUGGUAUAACUGCCUCCCUGCUGCCAAAAUUAACAGAUCUUCCCAUUGAUGAGAAUGUAUUAAUUGUUGACAUUGACAAGAGAUCAUUUAUCCGUUCCCAAGGUGAUGAAGGAACUCUUCUACCCAAGAAGAUAGAAAAAGCUCUUAAGACAUCACUUAAUAUGUGCAGAAUAGAUUCUGAUGCCAAGAAUUCUCCGGACCUGAUGAUCUCCGAGGCUUUUGUGAGAUUUUUUGUGGAGGCCAUCGGGCACUAUGGACAGUUUAUAAUUACACAGCAGGAUGGUAAAAGAAUAUUUCGGAAAGAAAGUUUUGUCAAAGGUACAAGUUCGUCCUCCCUUCAGCAGUUACUGGAAUGGUUUGUUGAGACACAGAUGUUUGAAGUGUUUAUUACAAAACAAAUUGAGAAAACAGAUUGGGGUAACACUAUAGAAUUUUUCCAAAGUAGAGUCCAGGAAAACAUGUUCGCAAAAGGCCACAAAAGACGCCUAGGAAAAACACCAGGUGCCCCACUUUUCUCUCCGGAAAAAGAAUGAACAAUUUAUUUUUGAAUAUUUGAAUAGAUAAUAUAUAAUCUCUAGAAUCUAUCCAAAGGUAACUUGGAUACAUUUUGUGAAAGCUAAUUCUUUGACACAAAUUUUAGGACACAAACACACAGUAAGAAUGUGAUCAUUAUGUUUAUCAUGAUGGUACAUAAUUUAUGUAAACAAAACAGAACAUGCAUUUUAUUUUAGACUUGUAUGUGGUACAUUGUCAUGCAAAUAGAUAAACAAAACAAUUAUCAUAUUGUCACAUGGUCAUGAAAACACAAAAUACAAUAUGAUAAUUAAGUAAGAGAAAAUACAUUUGUUUACAGAGGGAAUUAUAUAUAAUAUGUUAUUAUAUAAUGUAUUAUAAAACAGACAGUACUAGACAUUCUACUGGCAAUCAAGAUGUUAAGUGAUAAUACUGAUAUUAUAAAACAUAAGUGUCACAUCAUACAGUUUGUCCUUAUCCCUAAAAUUGUGUUGUAUGUCCUAAAAUUAAAAGUGUGUUUAAAUGUUAAGUAAGAAUUAUGAAACAUUUGGUAUUCCGUCGUACAAUUUUGUCCUCAUUGUAUCCUCGUUUUUUUCCUCAUGUAUCAAAACAUAGAUUUUAUCAUUCUGAGCACUUUUUAUUUGGCCUAUAUUCAUUUAUGUAAUUAAGGCCAUAAAUUUAUACAUAAUGUCCUAAAGUUAAAAUUGUGUUUUAUUCCCUAAAAUUGUGUAUUCUCCACUAACAUUUUGAACAUGUCCUAAAGUUGUUAGAAAAGACCUGAAAUUUACUAUUUUGACAUAAGAUAAUAGAUGUGUACAUAUAUUGCAUACUUUAUGUGAAACGUUUUUGAUUCAUUUUGAUCUGAAGUUAAAAUUGACAUGAAAUAAAAUGCAUUGGUCUAAAUAUUUAUGUAUCAGGUUUACCAUUUAUUUUUUGUACAGAAAAUGUUGUUGAUAUAUUUAAAAUUUACUUGAUUUAUAUUUUUUAUAUUGCAUAUCCAUUCACCUAGUGCAAUAAUCAUAUCAGAGGUAUUUUAUCAUUCCUAGAAAAAUAUAAUAUAUAGAUGACACCUUUUAUCAUUAUAUGUUAUAAAUAGUUGAACAUUCUAAAAUAACUGACUUGUUUAAGCUUACCUUUUUUAAUAGUUCAUUUCUUUCAUUCUUUAUAUAUUUCAUUGAAUUUGUUUUUACUUUUUUUUAGUCUUUAUUGAAAUAUAAAUUAUUUAGCUGUAGAUUGUUUGCCUUUCAUUACUGAAAAUGAUUUAUUAUACUGCUCAUUUGUAACAUCAAUUUUGAUUGGUCAAUUCUGAUGUUAAUAUUAACUAUAUACACAGAAGCGCUUGAAACUUUUGAAUUGUUUUCUAUUUAAAUCAAGGAAAGUAUUUUAUUAUUUAGCAGCAUUAUAGAUUAAUUAAGAUUAUUGACCCGGAAUAGUCAGUAAUUAGCUACAUAAACAAUUUAAUAUAUAUCUUUUUAUAAUACCGCAUAUUUGUAAUGUCGCUUUUUAUUGGAUAAUCGUGAUGUUUAUAUAAACUAUGUACAUGGCUGUUGUCAAUUUUUUAAGUAAUUUUUUUUUUCUCUAGUGUAGGAAGUUUGGUGUAAUUAUAAAUUUGUUAUAAAUAUUUUUGACAGUUUGGUUGUUUGCAGUAUAGCACUUGCCUAACUGCUCAGGUUAUAUAUGCAAACAGUUGUUUAUAUAGGGGCAUUUAACCUGUCAAAUUUCUUUAUAACUAAUAAUUAAUAUAACCAUCAUAAUUAAUAUAAGGAAAAACAGACAGGGUAAUGUGUAUGACAUAGAAAUCCUUUAUAUAUCAAAUGAUUCAUCUUCAUUUUAUAUAGAGUGCUAAUAAAUAUUGCAUGAACUCGAAAGUUAUUGUAAAAUGUAAAUUUACGUAAAUUCAUGCAGUUAAAGGUAUUUGUUUAAAAACCAAAUUGUGUUUUCUGUGAAAACUUGAAAUGGAAUGUUGUCAAGUGUACAAUAUGAAAUGAUAUAACCCAGCCUAAACACAGAAUCUACCAAUGACUUGUCAACAUGAUUAUGAAGUUAUAUUCUCUUAUUUCAAUAAUUACUGGAUAGAAUUUUGGUACAUUUGUAUUUAUAAAACUAUUAUUCUGUUAAUUUUCAGAAAACAUUCAAAGCUUCAGCUGGAUUGUAAAUAUUUACACAAUUUGAUAAUUAUAGAUGUAUAUGCAUUUUUUAAGCAUGAUUGUUUUGAAGAUUUAUUUUACACAUCUGGAGACAUAAUGCUUUAAAGGAAGAAUAAAAAACAGAAGAUUUCUCACACCUAAUUUAUAUACAGAAUAUCAUCACAAUGUUAACUGUAUAAUUAUACAUAUUAGAUGUAUUGGCAGUAUUUGAACCAUGCCUAAGUUAACAUCACCUAGUAAUAAUACAGUGAGAUGCACUUGAAAUACAAUACUUACUAUUUCCAUGAAAUUGUAAGAACGAAAGAGACUUAUAUUCACUAUUACAUAUUUUUCUGGCACUGGCUGCUGCAUCUUAAAUUACAACAAUAUGUAUUCAUCAAAGUUUGGUCCAGUAUCAAAGGCAAAAACAUUAAAGUCAGUCUACCAUGUUUAUAGGUGGCGCUAUGUAAUGUACUGGCAGGGAAUAUUCGAGUACAGUAAUUCCGAAAUAUUUGAUAGAUAUAAAUGCAUAAACAUGUAAUAAAUUUGCUUUUAAUAUAAAACUUUUGUAUUUAUUGUAGGAUUCAGGCAUGGAGGUGCUCAAUUAUUUCUAGCAUUUUUAUUUCAUGACAUUUUCCUGCCAAAGAUUUCCAGCAUAAUGAUUUAUUUUAUCAUUGUUACCAUAACUACACAGAUUGUUUACAUGUUUUAAUUAUGUCCCUUUUUUAUACAUUUUUUAUUUUUAAAGCAGAAUAGAUUAUUGCUGUAUUGAAUUGAUGCACAACACACUGUUGCCAUGACAACAUGUUGCAGCACUUUCCAUUUAAAAAUCAUCAUAGACAAUAAGUAAAAAAUUACAGAAAAUUUAAUAUUGCAUUACAUUUUUUUAGGUGUUAUGUAAAUAGAUAAAGUAUUUGCAGUGCUCUUUUAAAUUUAUUAGAUUAUACUUGAUGCUAAGACGUAGUGCUCUUUCCAGUAUCCUGUUUUUCUCUCCAGUAUCCUGUUUUGUAUAUGUUAUCCUGUUAAUAUCUUGUUGAUAUUGGUAUAGACUUGUAUCUUGUUAUCAAUUUACUAGAUAUUGUUAUUGAUGUAAUGAAAUCUCUGUUUUGAAGUAAAAAGAUGUUGAAACA